AAUCGCAACGCCAGACGGGAUACAACGCGCACAACAAACAUUACACAUAUACACAUAGACAGUGCAGAAAACACCAAGCCACUUCCUUCAUCGCUAUCCACUUGCUACCGACCAGGCAACUUCCGCCGACGUCACGCGUAUCACCUAUCAGAAAUACCCAUCCAAACACUACCAACUCACUAGAAAUACCGCCCACAACCACCUCAUAAACCACGAAAUAUACGGCGAUCCUUUACCUUCAAACCGUGCAAGUGAGACUCGGCAAAGAAGAAAAGUUUUGAGUUUAGCAUAUUUGUUUGUGCAUGCCUCGUCGCUAUCGCCGUCGUCGUCGUUGCUGCCGCGCCGUUUUCGUCAUCGCUUUUCCCGCCUGUUCGGUCGCGUUGCUCUAGAAUUAAUUGUAUAGUGGUGGUUCCCAUCGAUUCCACGUUUGAUUUCUGCUGGAGGACCAUAAUUGACAAUUUUCCUUCUCGUCAAUGAUGUUGAUGAUUGUUCCGGUGGCCUAACAGUACAGUUUGCUUCUCGACAGUGUUGGUGUCGUUUUGGGCUCGUCAUGUUGCGCUUAUUAUUUGAUGAUAAAGUUACGAUAUUAGGUGAAUCAAACAGCAGAAGUGUUACGGUGAAGUGUAACAGUGCACAGUGUCCCCAAUCCAGAAUUUAGGAUGACAAAAAUAUUUGUGACAAAUCUACUGGUUCUAGAGCUUUUCUCUCUUGGAAACAAAUAAUUUGUGUCAAUUGAGGUAUAUCUUGAGGAAGUAAGUCAAAAUAGUGUGAGCUCAUGCCGUGUUUGCAACAUACAAAUUGUGCAAAGUCGGCUAUCUCGAUGGAUAUGAGAUUAUUGUUCUACAACUACUGCACAUGGGGAUCAUGUUUGAAUUGGAUAAAACAAACUGAUUGGACAUCUCAGCGGCUCUAGUUAUACCGCAGUAACAAGGCAAGAGAAGAGACCCGCCACUGUGCGACGUAGUGGAGUGAUUGGAUGGGAAUAACGAAUAGGAAGGAUUAAGGUACGCCAAUAAAGUGUGAUAUAUGUGUGUACUCUAGCGAGAAAGGAAAACAGCACGACCUGCCUGUCGCGGCUUUGCGUUCGAAGGAAAGUGAAUGGAGCGAAAAUCGAUAGCUCACUUUUUUGUCAAGUUCAACAAAUGUUGCCUACCGGCUCUUUUCGUGUUGCCGUUUGAAUAUAAAACUGUGCGUCGACGGAGUUUUGUAGGUAUGGAUUCACCUGCCAGUUUGAAUUGAAUGGCAAGAUCGGAUAGGAGAAGCGAAUACAGUACGGACGUUUGCUGUUUUAUUCCACUGUAUCGAGAACCCCUUUACACAUUAUUAGCGAUAAUGCAUUAAGUCAGCUCGUAAAAGCCGGAAGCGAUCGACGGGAAAGCAGACGUCAUCGUGUAUCAGCAUUUGUUUCUGUAGCAGAAGGGAAGGCCCGUAUCCUUGAGAAAUUAGAAAGUGCGCCUUUUUGUGGGUGGCAAUUUUCUUCUAGUGAUGUAUGUGUGUGUAUUUUGGGCCCAGAGAAGUAACCUCUGAACAGAAUUUUUACGCUUCAAAUGAAUGGCAGUGAUUUGGAAGGAUACUGGAAAGUCGUUUGUUUCCUUUUGGUGACGAUAAUGAAUCAACAUUUGUGUACAUAAUAAAUCCAACGAUAAAGUGUUUAAAUUCUAAAUCUAAAAUUUGUAAUAUGUUUGCUCUCUUUCUCUCACCUAAGAAAGAGAUGAGUACCUAUUAGUAAACAGCAUAGAUUAGGAAAUUAGAAGUGAUGGUAGGUGUUUUAAAUGUCCCACCUUAGUAAUCUCUCCCAAUUAAUAACAAUAUUCGCUUAGUAAUGAACGAGUGUCAUGAAAUAGUUCCCCUUCUCACUCGUUAAUUAAGCCUUCAACUAAUCAUACAAGAAGUGUACAGCGUACUAAUCGCUGUAAUCUGGUACGAAGUAAAGUUGCGAGGAAAUCACGAGAGUGCGUGCUAAUAACCUGAAAGGUAAAAUGGUAAAGUAUGUUUGUUUCGGUAACUGGUUUCAUUGUUACCCGAGCAAUACGGAGUGGUGUUGACGUUGAUUGCGACAAAUUAAAAGUUUCGUGAAAACUAACGAUUUUGGAAGUUAACUUGGGAAACCUAAACAAGCUCGCCGCACACGGCGUUUAUAUAUAAGGUGCAAAAAUGUGAUAUAAGCGAUAACAUUAGAAUUUAAUUAAGUGAAAACGUUUUCGGCAGCGCAUCGACCAAGGCGCGAGAAAAAUAUCACACGCGAUUUUUUUUCCCAACGGAACGAACCAAUCCUGGCCACGUACCAAUUAGUGAUUUUGUGCAGCAUACAUGAGAUGGCAAGCAACCAGUUAGAUCACCCCAACAUGAGUCAAGAUUCUUAGUGAAGGCGACGAACGAGUGGUGAUUUUUUGGUGUUUACAAACACAAACAAAACUCCAUCUUAGAUGUAUAUAAUGGAUGAACACGUCCAACGAAAUGAAAACACGAAACAUCGAAAACUUGCACGAAGUUAUGACCAAAUGUCGCCUCCUUGCGACAUUCUGCCAUCACCUGGUACCUCAGAAUCCCAAUCGAUAUCCCCAUCGAUGAGUAUGGUGUUUUCUCCAACGGAUGGAAUGGUAGCCAACAUAGCCAUAAUUAACAACACCUCAAAGCUGGCCAUGAUCCAAUCACCCCAAACACCUUCCUCGAAUAUAGUCUCACCGAUGACGAGCAGCAAAAGCUUUGAACAACCUACGGUACACCCACCCUUCAAGUACCAAAUAUAUCAUCAGUUAAGUCGGAUGUCUAACUCGACCCAGCAGUUCAUCCAAAGGCAACAGAAUACUUCUCAUGCCUAUCUCAUAUCACCCACGCACCAACAUUCACCAUCAAGCUCAAAGACAAGUGUCACGAACUCCGCUUCCGGUGAUUCAGACGAACCGCGAACUUCGAAGCCUUCUAGUUACUACCAACACCCAUUGCAAUUGCCGAAACCUAUGGACCAAAGAAGCAAUAAUCCUUUUAUACUAAACUUUAACAACAUAUCCGGAUGUUGCCUGAAAAAUUCAUCGCCAUCUUCCAGCUCACCAUGUUCGUCUUCACCCACCACAGGAAUUCAAAUGACAGCUACCUCGACAUCCAUCACACAUCCCACACCCUCUCCAUCUGUACCAGCGCGUCGAAGUCGCUCACUGCUUCUAAAAUCUGCCACAUCACAAUCGCAAUGUUCUGUAGGUCAACUAUCGACACCACAGGCCUCCACACCAGGACCACCUAUACCGCCUAGACUCAACAAAUCGCCAACCGGCAGUUCAACGGCGCUUCCCUCUACUCCAGUAUUGACACCGCCAACCAUAACGAGUACUAGCUGUCACAUUACACCGGCAUCUUCCACUGGUCACGAAAAAUUGCCGAGUCCUACCACCGCAAAACUUAAUGCUACUUCCUCGAGCGAUUGUUCGCCGAGUGCGAUGAGUGAUCGAAAACAUCGCGAAGAUUUUCUCAGGGCUACCAUGAAGAUCUGUCUGGUGGUGUCCCCGCCUUCCUGUAAACUGCAGUUAAAAUCCAGAAGUCUGACCCAUUUGGACAAACUCGAGCCACAUAUACUAGCGCAAACAAAUAAUCCGGGCAACUACCAUCAACUGGAUGACUUGAAAAUAUCCAGCUCGGAAUAUUUUUCGGUAUGCUUCGAAACAGGCGAAAAUCAUGGAUUCCAGGACGAGAUCUUGAUACCUGCAACCAAAGGAGUCUGCUUGGCUGACUCUCUCCAUUCUUCCCUAUUACAAAGGAGCCUUAGCUUUUCCCAAAUCUGCAUCAUAGACAACGGUUUUAUUAAUUCACAAGAGCUGGGUAUUCAAUACUUAGGACCACUGGAUGCAUACACUGAUAUUUCGAGCCUAGCAGGACGAACACUGAUUGUUUCAGACAAGGAUAGCAUAGUUCGUCGACCUGGAAAUCACGUUACUUUGCAGAAAGCAGCAUCUGUAGGGUAUCGGACAACUUCAAACCGCCUCUUCACCUCCACUUCCACCGAGGAAACAUACGAUCAGAGUCCGAAGUCAACGUCAGCCUCAUCCAAUAAGCAAUCAAAACAAAAAUGGACAAUAUCGUUUGGAUCGAAGGGACCACAAAAAUCAAAACUUUGUGAAUUGCUGGACAGCUACAAUAAGGGUAUUCCGAAAUUGACGUCUUCCGCCAGCAAUUUUGACAAACCCGAAUAUUUAGAAGCAUUAGAAGGCCUUAAAAAUUUACCUCAAUCGUGGACAGACAUCGUUAACUAUGUUGGAAUGAGCGAAACGGAAACGAAAAUUCAAUCUGCUAUAUGGGAGCUGGUAACUACGGAAGUGUACUACAUCCUCGCCCUGCAGACCGUAACAGAUCUGUUUCUAGCAUGCCUUGAAGAUAUCCAGUCGCACAGUAUCCUUAUCGAUGUGGAUCAAAACAAAUUGUUCUCCAACAUAAGGGAUAUCUGCGAGUCCAACCUGAAAUUUUGGACUUGUUAUCUUUACCCAAUGGUUAAGGAAAGUGCGGAAACCAAACAACAAAUGAGCGUUCAUAAGUUCAAGGAUGGUUUUAUCAAGUUCUCAGCUAUUUUUCAUCCAUACACCAAGUACUGCGCGGAGCAGAGCACCUGUCAGUAUCAUUGCAAGGAGCUGUACCAAAACAAUUCCCUAUUUAUGUCCUACUGUGCCUGGUGUGAGUCGCAGAAAAUGUGCAAUCGUCUUCGACUGGCUGACAUUCUGGUGCGACCCAUGCAAAGGCUAACCAAGUACGGGCUGCUGUUGGUUGCUAUCAAGAAACACAUCAUAGAUGAACACGCAGGCGAGGCGAUUGAUGAGAUGAUACACUCGGUCGAAGAGUUCGUUGCUGGCGUAAACACUCAUCUUACCACCCGGCAGGAAAACGAAAGGCUAAAAGGUAUCAAUGCACGAAUAGAUUCAUACGAGGUUGUCGAUUGCAACAGUGAAAACUUGGAAAAAAUGGUGAAACAUUACAGCACGAUGUUCGACCUAUGCUUGCCGAUGCUAGGAACGUGUGAGGGAAGGAAGUUGUUUUUGGAAGGAGAUCUUAAAUUUAAGGACAGUUACGGAAAGAUGGAUGUUCACUGUUUUCUACUCACGGACUUUCUGUUGGUGUGCAAAAAGAACAAACAUGAAAAUUUAAAGGUCGUCAGACAACCGUACAUGACCGACCGGAUUACAGUUCAAAUCAAAGAUCAAACAUUGUACUGCUGUUACCUGAACGAGCUGUCCCUGGUGGUAGCGGCCUUCACGUUGCAUUGUUCGAAAGCACAAAACUGGUACGAUUCUAUUACUAAAGCUAAACAUAUCUAUUCACGACUGAAGCUUGGUACUGGUCCCGAUUCACGGCAGUAUGGCAAUAUGAUUAAUAUAUAUAGUAGCAGCAACAAUAACAGCAAUAUGAAUAUAAACAACGAAAGCCUUAGCAUUCGAAAGUCGCCGCUCAAUAGUUCAAUCGGAAGUAGAGUUAGUAGUUUGAAUAACAGCCAUAGUGGGUCCGUCGAUCUGAAUGAAUCCAAACCAGUGUCGAUAGAUUUUGAAAAAACGAACUCGCUAUCCAGUGACGAAGGUGGUGUACCAUCGGCGGGUUCUACCGCGCAAGGGAAAUUUUCUGCCGGAGCUCAAUGGAAGGUAAAAUCCACUGUCACGACUAUGCAUACUUCGUCGAACUCACUUACGGUGCAGCCUUUUAGUGCACUGGGACAAAGCAUGCCAAAUCUUAAUCUGAACUCUACUCAAAAUGCUAACACUUUAUCGGUACCGGGCUCAUCCGGAAGCCAUUCCCAUUCCGGCAUGAUGUUGCUAUCUCCUAGUCAACGAGGAAUAUCCUACCCACCGCCAUCACCAACUAGAGCUACACUCCGUCGAGGGUUCGCCUUCUCGUCUUCAAUUAAGAACCCACCGUUGAUCAAAUCACGCAACGUUCCUUCACAACAAAGCUUUGCCCUCACACAGCAGACGAGUUUCAAUUCGGCAACGUUGGGACAACAUCAGCAGUGCCUGCCGACAUCCGUUUCUCGCAAAAACAGCUUCCAAAAUCAAACCCUUGGUCAAUGUGUAUCGGAUACGAGUACGCCCGGGAGCGACGCUACUUAGUAUAUACUGCUACCCUCUGGUCGAAGGUAGAACCUACUCUACCUGUCAACCUUCCGUAGGAAAUAGCAUUUAUAUUUCCCCACCUCGGUUGGGUUGAGGUGGGCCAAUCUUGCUUCUGCUGGACCAAAUCGAACUUUAUGUGGCACUGUGGUCCUUGUAAACGAGUAACAAUUUGUUGUAAAUAUUCAAAUUUUAACUACAAGAAGAGUUUAGUCGUAUUAUUAUUAGAAUAUUUUUGGAACUAGUGUAAGCUGAAUAUCAAUCUGAUGCUGUUGUAGCUUAGAAACGUUUAAAUUUUUUGAAACAGAAAAAUGUUUAAACACUGAAAAAACAAAAUGAUGCUGUGACAAACACUAGAGUAAAAGGAAAGGAAAACGCAAAAACAGAACCAUUGGUAAAAGUAUGCUGUUUGUUUUCGUAUCCUUUGAUGUAUAGUAUUACUAAGUAAGUUUAAUUUUUCCACAACGUGAGCUUUGUUUUAGUAUUGGCGUUGGCAUUUAUUUAAAAUGCUACAACUAUAUGUAGUUAGUCGUCGAAAUACUGGCAUAUUUCGCUUUUCACAGAUAGUCGAAAUAAGAUAACGUGUGAAGGCAGGGGAUGUUUCAAAAAACUCAGUAAAUAGAACAGACUCUAAAAUAUGAAGAUUAUGAAAUUUCAUCGCUUCCAACUACUUAUAAUCCAAUGCAUAUGAUUCAUUCAUAACAGUAGAACCACAGUUUAAACAGAUAGUGCUUGGUUGAAACGCAAAAUAGUCCUAAAAUCGUUCAAUUGUGGUCAAAACUUCUUCCUUUGUAUCUCCACUUUCAAAUAUAGAAAUAUUUAAAAAGUCAUGGCUGCGAGUCGAUUUCGUCUCAUCAGAAACCGACACUAACUUAUUGCUGGAAUAGUUUAGCGCCGGCUUGACGCUAAAUCCCAAAACGGAAAUUGUAUUUCAGUCAAACGACUACCCAAACGUGGUGUCCCACGUAGACCAGAAGUUUUGUUAAGCCGAUGAGACAGCGAAGCCAAAUUUUUUUUUUUUUGGCUUAGCAAGCCAACGCGAAGGCAUCAUGCUACAUUCCUCCCUAAGGAGGAAAAAUUGGGUAAACACCAAUCUUUCUCCCAAAGGCGAAAAUUUUUGGGGAAACCACUCUUUGUACGUGAAAGGGCACAAAUCCUAACUCAAUAAAGUCAUGUCACUAAUUUAAACUAUUUCGGCAAUAAGUUAGUGUUAGUUUCUGAUGAGGUGUAGUCGAAAUUCAACCAUGACUUUAUUAAGUUAGGAUUUCUGCCCUUCACGUACAAAUAGUGGUUUCACCAAAAAUUUUCUGCUUUGGGAGAAAGAUUGGUGAUACCAAAUUUUUCUUUCUUAGGGAGGAAUUAAUUUUUUCCGGCUAUAAGACGAGACAUUAUAAGCCUUCAAAUACAUUAUAAAUCCAACCAUUUUUCUGUAAGUGACAUAUGAUCGUGGAAAUUGACGUCUUAACCGGUAGAGUCCAUGUCAAACUAACUCACGUAUUAUUUCGUUGAAAUUUAAAAUACCUUUUCUGGAUGAUCUUGAGGUUGUUACCAAGUUGCAGGCAAAAAAUUGUUCACUAGUUUCUCAUUUUUAGUGUUAUUCAAAUGUCUAGAGUACUACCUAGACGCAGAAAUGUGACCUAGUUCCAUUGCUAAACCUAAGUUUUCAAAAAAGUUGAUCUGAAUCCCUCGACCGACUAUGUCACUUUUGAUUGCAAAUGAAAUUCUUUUAUAUCCUGAAGUUUCAGCGACGUUUCUUUUUCUUUGUUUAAUUUUCGAAUAAAGUUGAUCUACCAAACAUAUCCUGACCCGGGUUUGAAAAUCAUUAGCAAGACAAAACCUCUAACGCUUCAGGUAUUCAUUUUUUCUUGUUGCUCUGUAGCAAAGUGUCUUGGUGUCUUAUCUGCGCCUUAUUUUGAUGAUAUAAUUUGGAUUUUCACUGUUUGGUUGGCGUACGAUGCUUGAAGUUUAGUGUCUUUAACAAAGUUUUAAAACGUUCAAAACUAUGAUAAGUUAGCGGAUAAUAAAGCUCUGUGUCUUCAUGAAGCAAAGUUAUAGCGUUUAUUAUAAAAUUUCACUGAAAUUCACUUUUUUGCCUUUCUCAUAUAGAAAGGUUAUGCAAUCACUCUAAAAAUCAUCAACCUAAUCCCGGCCCGGAGGACCCAGUGUUAUAUGCCAUUCGACUCAGUUCGUCGAGAUCAGAAAAUGUCUGUGUGUGUAUGUAUAAAUGUGUGUGUAUGUAUGUAUGUGGAAAAAAAUGUCACCUCUCUUUCUCAGAGAUGGCUGAACCGAUUUGCACAAACUUAGUCUCAAAUGAAAGGUACAAUCUUUCCAUCGGCUGCAAUAGAAUUUUUUAUUGAUUGGACUUCCAGUUCCGGAGUUACGGGUUGAAGAGUGCGACCACACCGCAAAUUCCCAUAUAAACUGAAAUGAAAAAUUCUCAAAGGGGGAGUAAGGGCAUAUUUCAAAAUCGAAUUUGUAUUUUUUAUGUCAAAUGACAUUAAAACGCAUAAAACGUUGUGAUUUUAUGUAAAAUCGAGAAUUUUUUUUUGCGAAAAUUGACUUUUUUGGACUUUGGCUUUCUUUUCUCAUAUAGAAAGGUUAGGCAAUCACUCUAAAAAUCGUCAACCAAACCCCUAAUUUUUUACUUAUAUAGGCUUAGGUAGGAGUAUGUAGUGAGGGGUUGCUACUUUAAAAUUAAAACUAGUUUAAAAUUUCUCAACAAGUUGAAAAUUUUCUGCA